AUGUAUAAUUGUCAAGACAUUUAUUUUCCAACUGACGAAGAGACGUCGCACAUCAGUGGAAAUAUAGCUACGGUAACAGAACGAAUACCAGUUUAUAUUCCAGACAAAUGUCCAGAGAAUAUGUUACUUUAUCCAGGAGCUGGUAAUAAAAGUGUGUGGAUCUGUGAUUGUAGGCCUAGAUUUCUUUACUUUCCAUUGAGUCACAGGUGUCAUGAAGCCUACAGACAAGGCCCGUGUGAUAAAGGCGAGUAUGUUGUACUGCCUUCGGAUGACGUUGUACCAAAGUGCAAAGUUAAUCCUUGUGGUGAAGAUGGUUUAGUUAAUUAUAAUGGAGUUUGUUAUUAUUUACAAACUAAAGGCGGUCCUUGUGCACCCGAUGGAGUACUUGGUGUUAAUGAAACUACUUAUGAAAUUCAAUGUAUAUCGACAGAUGUUGCACCGUUUGUUAUCAUAAAUGUGCCACAAUUUUCUUGCCCUCCUGGCAGUCGCAGAAAUUCUCUCGGUGUUUGCAAAAAACCUCUUUAA